GAGACAUUUCAGUCAGACAUUUGCCUCCGGCCUCCUCCUCCGGUAUUUUCUGUUUGUGAUUUGGUUUUUUGCAUGUUUCUUGCCAUUAUUUGGUAUAUUUCAAUUACAAUUUAAUGAAAACCAUCGCAUGAAUAACCGAAGAUUAUCCCUUUCUACAAACAACAUGGUGGCCUCUUCAAAAAACCGUAACAAAGUGUUAUCGUGCUCAACUCCAGAACACGAGGCUGAGUCUCCGUCUAGAGACAGUGAUUCGUUGUGUGACUCGGAAGCGGCGAGCCCCGUGCCGUUCCUGUGCACACAGGAUGGUGUAGAAGGAGAGACCGACGUCGUGUGGAACUACUACACGCCGCGAGCCGACCACACCGCCACCUCGCGCUUAAAAAACACCACCCCACUCAGCAGAAAAGCUAAAAAGUAUAAAAAGACCAUAAUUGAAAAACCACAGCCAAGAAGAAGAGUUUUGAGAUCAACACAAAAGAAAACAGAAUUAUUUCAGGACCUAAUAGAGCUUAAUCAAAAUUUACAUAAAUUCAAAGACCUCCGGUCAGCUGUGAAAUGUGAAAAUACAACAGAAAGACAGCAAUCUGGCAGUGAAGAUGAUAUAUUUAAUUGUUCACCCGAUUGUUCACCUAAAAGUGGUUUGAAAACAAAUAGUAGCAGAUGUUUGAGGAAGAACCUUCUGAGCUCCAAGUUCAAUAAACCUGACCCGGACACUGCCCUAGAGUCUGAUGACUCAAUGAAUGAAUGUCUAAUCAAAGCAAGUCAAAUAGUAGAAGAGAAUAUCUUGCCACACUUAGUAUUUCCAAAACAGUCUCAUAAAAAUGAUUUUCAUGACUCAAUGGAUAGUCUUUUAAAUAAUAUCAAAUUGGAUUCACCACUUCUGAGCAAAUCUAAAAAGUUUGAAUCUCCAUGUUUGAAGAAUGAUUCUUUUGAUAGUUUUGUAGGUAAUUUAAAUGACAGUGCUUUAGAGAGAUUGACACAGAUGCCGGUGAAGAAUGUGACCCCGGUGCGGCCGGACAGGUCAAGCAACUCUAACAGCACCACAAAUUGGACUUUGAAAGAGGUGAAAGUGUAUGAAAGUCCAUCCAAUACCUCAUUAGCUCGGCACAGUUCAAUGCCAGAAUCUCCUUCCGUCACAGAUGCAACUAAACCUUCAACUAGUGGUGUAAUUUUUGGCCGAUAUAAUUCUUUGCCAACUGCAGAUAAUAAUCCAGAUCCUGGGGAUUCACCAAUACGAUGUACGCCGGAUGAAAUAAGGAAAAAACAUCUGCAAGCACGAGAGAAACUCAUGGCUAAGAGACUCCUGCCCUUCACCUGUAGCCAGCAGUCUGUGAACUCCACACAGGAUGUUCCAACUUCAGUGUCGGCUCCAAAGAAACCCUGCUUUCAACCCAAGGUUGCCCGACCAGUAAGUUCUAUAGUCAGUGAAGUGAAACCUACGCAACAAACUGCAAAUAGUAAUCAAGUAGAUCUGAAAAAGUUAAUUGAGAAGAAAAGACAGGAAGCCUUGAUGAAGUUAAGAAGGAAACAAACAAGAGAAAAGUGAGUCUAUGUGUUGUGUUUUUCACAGCAAAAGCCUGUCUAAUGAACCAUGUGUGCCUUUACAUAAAUAUUAUAACGAAUUUACUCAAAAUAUUAUGAUUUCAGAUGUUUUAUAUUCGAUUUUUUGUUGUUGUAAAUUCUGUGCAGUACUUAUUAUAAUUUGGUAAGCUCGUGAAUAAGUUCCUUUUACAUAGUUAAGGUUUGUUAUUUCUAAGUUAAAGUAAGCAUGUGAAAAUAUUAUGUUAAACUUCAAACGUUCUUUCAUGACCAUCAGAACCACGGCAUUGUCAUUUUAUUUAUAAUCAUGUUUUGUUUUAAAACUUUAUGUUAGCCCCAUCUUGUGAUUGAACCAUAAUAUUGUAUGGAUUGGACUGUGCCAGUGUGUAGGUAUAGUACUAAUCAUAAUAUUAUCAAUAAAUUAUACUCAAUACUUCUA